AUGUCUCGCCCAAGAGAAUCCUCGCAGAAACCCGCCUGCUAUGGGUGCAUGACACUGCCGAACAUUCCACGCAUCGCUGCGGAUGAGAGGAGCCGGCAGAAGUACCUCAGCGAGUACGAAAAGUACGAGCCAGAGCUGCGCCGUCAUCACUUGGGAGCUGCAGAUACGACUAGCAUGCUUGGACUCAAGGAUGUCCCAGCAGACUUCGAUCGUACGGUGCCGUCUCUCUUAGGUCCCACCGAGGCAGAGCUGGAGUACGAGCGAGCCUGUGAGAGUAGAAAAGCACAGGCAAUGCGCAAAGGUCGCCGCGGAGUCAGUGCCUGGGCAACCCAAGCCGCUACGACGGAUGUUCUGACGCCGGCUGCGGGGAAGUCCAUCUCUCCACAGCCGCCCCUGUUUGUGUCGGCAGACAAGGAGCCCCAGCAGAGGGGCACCCCCUCCGCCUCGCGCUCGUCCAGCGCAGCUGACACGCCCACUACCACCGCCGCUGCCCCAGCGGCUCUGACAGCGGGUGAAGAAGCUAUGCAGCUCACCCCUGUCGAAGCCGCUGGAACACGCACCAGGACUGCAGAAGCAACCGAAGCCGCCCCUGGACACAUACCUCAGCCAUCCUCGGCAGGCCCAAGGCAAAAACCCGCGCCACCCCCUACAUCCAUGAGCCAGCCGCGCGCACGCACCGCUCCUUCGUUGAAGCCGCCGCCGACUGCCACACGGCUAGGGCAGCACAACAGCUCCUCAUCUGUCACUUCGGCACAAGCGGUGAGGCCAAAGCUGGGGCAGCGACCUCAGCCCGUACGAGGGAUCUUGCCUGCUACGGUCCCCACCACCCCCCGCAGACCUUGCGCCCCGUUCGCCGCGCAUGAGGCAUCCACUGCGGAAUCCACGGCACGUCUGCUGCGGGUGCUGCUCGACCCGCCACAGCAGUACGCCAGUUCCCUCCACCUGAACCUGUCUUUCUUUGACCUCGGGUGGCUACGGAACGGGAAAGCCGUACCUCAUCGCCUCACCACCAUUGAGAGCUAUUUCAGCGACAAUGGGGCAUCCCCGCAGCUUCGCAUCAACUCACCGCGCUCCGUGCUCACUUUCUUGGAGAACGGCGUCUCGCCUAAGGACUGGGACCCGCGAAGUGAUACCGCUUCCGCUUUCACACUCGGAGAAACACCACAGGGCAUGGCUGCAGUUCAGGCAGAGGUGCUUGAACACCGCCGCGCGUACGUGCAGGAGCAGCGUGAUGCCCUGCACCGCACCCUGCAGGAUAGCUACUCGCUGCUCUGUGCACGUGCCCCUUUCAAUGAGCUCGUCGGCUCGUACCGUCGCCUGUGCGAGGCCGACAUGCUUGAAAGUGCAGCGCUUGAAGAGGAGGAGAUGUCGCUUGCAACGGCAGUGCUGCAGCGGCAGGAGCAACAGCGGCGGGUGUUCGAGACCAGCAGAGCUCGCAUGAUGCGCCAGGUUCAGCAGGCCAAGGAGCUGCAAGAGCGUCAGGAUUCCGCGGUGCAGCGGAAACUUCAGGCGGAGGCAGAGGCAGAAGGGGAGCGACGGCGCAAGGCGCUGGAGGUGCAGGCGCGUCACCGAAUUCAGCAGGCCCGCCUAGAGGCGCACCACGCCGAACGGCAGCGGCGGGAAGAGGCGUACAAGCAACUGCUGCAGGCUCGUCUCAACAAGGCAGCGACUUGCAACGCCGAGCGAAUGGCUGCGCGCGAGAGGCAGAGGCAGACGAUGCAGCAGCGGCGUGAGGCGCAAGAGGCUGAACGGUCUCGGCGGUUGGUGCGCAACGCGGCGAUACUGGAAGAGCAGGCUGCCGUACAAGAGCAGAAACGGCAAGAAAAGGAGGCGAGCCUGGAGAAGCUACGCGCGACUCGCGAGGCACGACUCGAAGAAGAGCACCGCGUCCUUGUGGAGAAGCAGCAGCGAGCCGCAUAUUUGCGAGAGGACGCGAAGCAGCGCGCGGCGGAGGCGGAAGAAGCGGUGCGGCAGGCGGCCCUGCAGCGUCAGUUGCAGGCUGAGGAGCGCCAGCGCGCGUUUCAGGCUCGCCGGCGAGAAGAAGCCGCUCAGCGGGCGGCAGCACUGGCGACACAUCACGAGCGCCUCAACGAAAUUCGCUCCCAGGCGUUGGCAAAGGAGGAACUGUUCAAGGCUACCGUUGAGGAAAAGCAUCGUCAACACGAGGAUCACCACCGCGAUACGCGAGCACGCCAGCUGGUCAACAUUAUGUGGCGCCGCGAGGCGGACUGGGAAAAGGAGGAGGCAAAAGCUUAUGCUGUCCUGCAGCUGCAACGCAUCGCCGAGUUCAACAAGCUGCACACAGUCGUUGACCUCCUGGAGAAGCGCAAGGCCGCUAACACAAUUGUGCGACAGCGUGAGCUCAUCUACGAAGAGUCGAUACGCGCUCGCGACAAGCUGCGGGCCGAGCAGGAUGCCUUGAAGCAACGGAUAACCAGCUUACCUCAGCAGAUGUGGCGAUGA